AUGUCUGUCGACCAAGUCAACCAGAGAAAAGCUGUUGACGCUUAUGUCAAGAAGCACCUUCUCCCCGCAGACGAAGGUCUCGAAAAUGCCUACACAAACAGCACGAAGAAAGGCCUUCCCAUGAUCGCAGUCUCCGAGAUCCAGGGUAAAUUCGCCUCGAUGCUCACAACCAUUGGAUCGGCUCGCAACGUCCUAGAAAUCGGCACCCUGGGAGGCUACUCCAGCAUUUGGUUCGCGCAAGCCAUGAAGGGACGGGGAAAAGUGACUAGCAUCGAAGUCAUACCGCACCACCGCGAUGUUGCAAUCGAGAACCUGCGAACAGCCGGUGUUCAAGUGCCCGAAGAGGUCGACGUCCUCCUUGGAGCAGCUUUGAAUAUUCUACCGAGGCUCGCAGCGGAGAUUGAGAAAAGAGAAAGAGAGCCCUUUGAUUUCGUGUUUAUCGAUGCCGACUGGGAUAACCAGUGGAACUACUUUGAUUUUGGAGUCAAGUUGUCCAAGGGCAAGGGCUCGGUGAUUUAUAUUGACAAUGCGGUGCGGAAUAUGUUGGAGUCCGGUAUUGUUGGUGAUGCUGAACGUGAGAAGGACGCUAUUGAUCUUGUGGCUAAUGUUGGAGCGGAUGAUCGUGUGGAUGCUGUUGUAAUGCAGACUGUGGGGUCGAAGAGCUACGAUGGGUUCUUGCUUGCUAUUGUGAAAUAG